AUGUCAGGAGUUUUGGUAUCAGCUUCAGACAACAUUGGCACUCCCGGUUACCGGGCACCCUCGCCUCCUCCUAAGGUCGGCAGUGAGCAUGCUGCCACACAAGUAUGUCUUUACAAUCUUGCACAGCACGCUGAUGCAACCGUCCAUGAAAACAUAAUAGACAAUAAGAUGCGCCAUCGAUCUAACCGGCUGCCAGAAAGUUCGAACACUAUCUGUCCAAAACUCAAAGAAUAUUAUAGGCCGUGCACUCGUGAUGCGGUGCUAGCACAUGCUUUCAAAGUAGACGAACCAUGCGUGGAUGUCGUGUGGUGA